CCCGAGAACGCAACGACCAUCGUUUCAACAAAGACUAGAGGGGAAGGGAAUAUUUGGUUGUUUUGUUUUUAUUUCAGUCAAUGUAAUGUUUUAGCUACCAUGGAUGACCACGAACAUGUCUCAGAUGAGUCUUUUUUAGACUCGUGGGCUCGUUUUUCUCCUAUAGAACGAGAAUGUUUUCAACACAUAGAUCACGAAGAAACAUUAGUUGAUAGAGAGCACGAACAAGAAAGAAAUGCUGCGAUUGAAAGAUUAUGGGCUACAUUUCAAGACACAGCUUCAUCGCUUGCUCAUUUGUAUAAAGAGCGUCCUUUAUGUGAUUGUUGUGACCAGUGUACAUAUAACCGUAAUCAACCUCAUGAAAGGUAUUGGCAACAAUUCCAGGGUGCAGCUAAUAAAGUAACAUCACUAUAUAGAGAUGGAUCUGAAGGCAUUCGUGCAGGAUUUGAAUUUGGUUACAAAGCUGGAUACAAAAAAAGAAAUAAAGACCUUGCAAAUUGGCUUCGUAAAAAGAAACGGUCUAUUAGGCGAGAAGAUAUACUUUUAAAUUUAUCAGGACAUUCUCCUCCUCGUAGGAAAGUUAAUGAUUCUGUAAGAACAAUUUCGCCUAAUCAUGAUCUCACCAUGUCUCCAGAAAGUAAUGGAGAGUUUGAUUUUCUAAAUGAUUCAAGAAUAGCUGAGGGGCGUAAACGCCAUACAGAAUUUAAUUUAUUUGAAACGCCUCAUAAGAGGAAUAAAUUUUCAUAAGUAAA